GUAAUUAAUCUUUACGCUUCUCUCUCUGCAAUUACUCUUUGAGAGCUUCUCUCUCUAGAAUAUUGAGUAUUGCUGACUUGAGCGUUGGAGUGUUUUCCCCGAGGGAGCAGCCUCGGGAUUUGCAGGUGUAGAAGCAGCUGAGGACUUCAACAGUGUUGGAUUGCGAAGCUGCCUAAACAUUUGGCGUCGUCUAUGGGAAACUUGAACAAAAAGUUGUGUAGCUUAACCUGCUGAAAGACAAAAUGGUUCGAACUUUUACAGGAGGUCGUCCCCCAAGAAAUGAAGUGGACGAACAAGAGGACACUCAGCUGUCUGAACUCGGUUUGAAUGAUUUGGGACCAAUGCCGAGGAACCUUUUCGUAGGGGGAGCAGAACAGGAUCAGUUAAGUGGAACAUAUGAUGAUGAAAGGACACCAACUGGGUAUGCAACUCAGCUCGAACAUUUCCAAGUUCCAACAGGAACAAGACAGAGACAACCCAGACCUGGCAAUCUGCAACAAGAACGACCUCAAAGGUCAGCAGAGCUUGCUCGAACAACCGAGCUCGAAGAGAGAACCAGAGUUUUCGAGAUGGCAAUGGGUAAAAUCCUUGCCCGCCUGUUUCCGGAUGACCCCCUGAUUCCUUUGUUGAACAGGGAUGCACAACUAGCUACGGUUGUUGCGACUCGAAACUCCCCCGCUCUAAGCAACAUAAUAGUGCCGACCAGGCCAAGGGGAAGUGGGAAACUAAAUAACGAGCCCUGCUCGUCCAAACAUAGUGAAGAAUUGAUGAGAAAGAAUGCAGACCUUGAAAGGCAACUGCGGGACGUACAGAAGUCCAUUGACAAGCUGAAAAGCCCCAGGUCGCACCAACAAACCCUUGAUUUGGAUAAUGCUCCACUGAACCUAUCCAUCACAGCAGAACCAUAUCAAGAGGGAUUCAAAAUUCCCCACCUGGAGACAUAUGAUGGCUCGGGCGAUCCAGAUGAACAUCUACACACCUAUCAAGCCAUCAUGAGGAUCCAAAAUGCCAAUGAUGCCAUGAUGUGCAAAGUGUUCCCAGCGACACUGAAAUUAAUGGCCAGAAGAUGGUAUCACAAGCUCCCCAGACAUUCUAUAGACUCAUACUCUCAGCUCGCCAAGCUAUUCUCCAACAAAUUCGCGAGCCAGAGGGAGAUCAAACGCACAGCAACCAAGCUAAUGCAAGUUAAUCAGAGGGAAGGGGAAUCUCUGAGGGACUACAUGCAGCGAUUCAACAAAGCCACUUUGGACAUCGAUAACGUCCCAGACACCAUCUACCUGUCCGCCUCGCUGCAUGGUUUAAAGCGUGGUCGGUUUCUGGACAACCUGCUAGAAAACCCACCAAAGACGUGGAACGAAGUCAAUGACAAGUCAGCUAGCUUCAUACUAUCCGAAGAUUUCCAGUCGUCCAAGCGGCGAGCUGAUGACAAGCAGAACAAAAGUCACGAUCAGCCGUCGAGGAGAGAAGAAAAGAAAAAGCAGAAAGUUAAUGAGCAAUGGGGGAAGCCAGCUGAAUUCCCGAAAUACGCUAACUAUAUCCCUCUGACCUUGCCUAGGUCUCAAAUCCUAGCACAAAUCCAGCAUUGGGUUAGAAGACCCCCACCCCCAUUACAUGAUUCCCUGAGAGCAGACAAGAGCAAGCACUGUGACUACCAUUGUGUAUACGGUCACAACACAGAAGAUUGCCAACACCUAAAAGACGAGCUGGAGUUCCUGGCUCGCGAUGGGAAAUUGGAAGGAUAUGGGCAAAGGUACCAGCUCGGCGGCGCACAAGAUGCACAUCAGGAUAACCAGUAUCCUUCCGAGCAAGGCAGGACUUACAGGGGACGUCAAUUUAAUAGGCGAGGCCAAGGACAGAAAACCACCGCCCAGAACCAAAGAGACUGGAAAAGGGUGGGUUAUGCUGGGAUUCCCCCACCUUCGGGCACAAUAAAUAUGAUAUCAGGUGGAGUUCACUUCGGAGGCCAAAACGCCAGAGCUCGCAAAGCGCAUGCACGCCAGGUGAUGACUGUUAACAAAAACAGGCCUUUGAAACGCCCAUUUGAAGAAGCAGACUGGGAAAAUGUACCAGUCACCUUCAGCCCGGCAGAUUAUAAGCGAGCAGAAGGGGAGCCCGACGUUAUGAUGCCACAUGCAGAUCCUUUCGUGGAAACAGUUCAUAUAGGCAACCAUAACGUCAACAAGCCCGUCCCGGUUGAGGGAGUCAUUACUCUGCCCAUCUAUGUGGGCUCGGAACCACGUUUCAUGAUGGCUUCCGUCACCUUCCUGAUCGUCAAGAUGGAAUCAGCCUUCAAUGCUAUAUUAGGAAGAGCCACCCUGUGCGAGCUGAAGGCUGUUAUCUCUCAACCCUAUCUCUGUAUGAAAUUCCCAACUCCUCAAGGGGUAGGAGUACUUAGGGGAAACCAGAAGAUGGCUAGAGCCUGCUAUCAAGAUACGUUCAAGAAAGUUCAGCUCACGGCAACACCGGUAGGUUUUGAGAAUCACAAACCAACUCAGGCCGGUCAGCAGACAAUGAGCAUAUCAGACAUCGAGCAUCGACCUGCGGGUGUCGAGCAGAAAGCAGAGCCAGUGGAGCCAGUAGAAACAGUCCCUCUAAACCCGGAUGUGCCAGAAAGGACGGUUAGGAUCGACACCAAGCUCACAGAAGAGGAGCGUGCAAAGCUUCUGGAGUUUUUGAGGAUUAAUCAGGAUGUGUUUGCGUGGACUACGGAUGAAAUGCCUGGCGUUCCAGCAGAGUUGACAAUCCACAGGCUCAGCACGGACCCUACCAGAAGGCCAGUGGUUCAAAAACGUCACCUUUUUGGCCCCGAGAAGCAAGCUGCCAUAGAUGAAGAGAUACAAAAGCUGUUACAGGCAGGCUUCAUCAGAAGAGUGGAAUACUCUGAAUGGGUGUCCAACCCUGUGCUCAUCAAAAAGCCAAAUGGCAAGUGGAGGAUGUGUAUUGACUUCGCCAACAUCAAUGAUGCGUGUCCAAAAGACCCUCAUCCCUUGCCAAAUGUCGAGAAGUUAGUAGAGCGGGCAGCCGGACAUGGACAGAUGAGCUUCCUUGAUGCCAGUUCGGGUUAUCAUCAGGUCCAGCUGUUGUUAGACGACCAGGAGAAAACAGCUUUUUAUGCCGGUGACGCAAUCUACUGCUAUGUGAUGAUGCUGUUUGGCUUGAAGAACGCUGGUGCAACAUAUCAGAAGCUUGUGCAAAUCAUUUUCAAGCUCCAGAUCGGCAGAAACAUAGAAGUAUAUGUGGAUGACAUGAUAGUCACCAGUGUACGAGCUAAAGAUCACAUAGGCGACCUGAGUGAGACCUUUCAAAAUUUACGCCGAGCUCAAAUGAAGCUAAAUCCCCUGAAAUGCACAUUUGCUGUAGAGUCAGGGAAAUUCCUAGGAUACGUGUGGACGGGUGAAUGUCAACAAGCGUUUGACGAGCUCAAACAAUAUCUGGCAUCAGCACCUCUGUUGUCCAAGCCUAUGGAAGGAGAGAGUUUAUACAUGUACCUGGGGGUUAUAGAAGAGGCAGUGAGCUCAGUCAUACUCAGGGAAGAGAAUAGGAAUCAGAAGCCUAUCUGCUACGUGAGCAAGGUUUUACAAGGUGCCGAGCAGAACUACCCAAUAGCAGAAAAGUCUACUUUUGCUUUGAAACCUGAACUCUCUGGUCGGCUCAUCGGGUGGAGCGUCGAGUUGAGUGAGUAUGACCUUAAAUUUCAACCGCGCACGACUAUAAAAGGACAGGCUGUGGCAGACGCCUCGAAAACUGUGAAAGAAAAGGCACCUGAACACCCAGUCUGGGUUUUGUAUGUAGAUGGAGCUGCUAAUGUUGAAGGAUUAGGUGCUGGGGUUAUCGACAAGAUACCUAGAGCAGAUAACCAACAAGCUGACGAGCUGUCGAAGUUGGCCUCCUCACAAGAGACAAACCCUCAUAGGUCAACAAUAGUGGAGGUACUUGAUGCUCCGAGCUACACCGAUUUCACAGUUGAGUGUCAGCUGCUCAGCACAGAUCCAUCUUCACCGAGCUGGACCACCCCACUCAUAAAUUAUAUGCAAAGUGGCGAGCUACCAGAAGAUCCAUCCGCUGCAAAGUUGACUAAACGGAAGGCGGCACAUUUCACUUUGUUGGACAACCGACUCUAUAAACGAGCAGCCUCAAUGCCCCUAUUGCGCUGCCUUACUCCUUAUGAAGUCGAAUACGCUGUGAGAGAAGUUCAUGAAGGAGUAUGUGGCACCCACAUCGGUGGCAGGACUUUAGCUCGGAAACUUCUGAGGCAAGGUUAUUACUGGCCCACUAUGGUCAAGGACGCACAGAACUAUGUCAAAAAGUGCCCGACCUGCCAGUUCAAUGCUGAUGAUAUCCACAUGCUAGGUAUCCGAGCUCGUUCUAAAGUUUGUGCAAACUUUGUGUUUGUCUAUAAACUGAGCACAAGUAUCUCUGUUGAAACAAGAGAAAUGCUCUCAUCACUCUCAUCUCCUUGGCCUUUUGCUCAAUGGGGAGUCGACCUGCUCGACCCUUUCGUGAAAGCUCGGACAUCUGUUUCCGGGUUCGGCAUACCUAAACGGAUCAUAGCUGAUAAUGGUCCGCAGUUCCGAGCCGCGACGCUGAGGUCGUUCUGCAAUGAUUAUGGAAUUGAGUUGGCCUUGACAUCUGUGUAUACUCCACAAUCCAAUGGGCAAGCCGAGUCCGCCAAUAAAAUUGCCUUACGAGGUCUCAAGACGCGUGUUUUGGCUGCACAUACUAACUGGGUUGACGAGCUCAAUAAAGUGCUGUGGUCAUGUCGCACUACACCCAGCUCGGCCACAGAUGAAACCCCGUUCAGCUUGGCAUAUGGAGCUGAGCCCGUCAUCCCUGUCGAGGUCGGAUUACCGUUCGAUCGAUCAGAUCGUCAUGACGAUCAUAAUAAUGGACAACUCUUAAGAUAAAACCUAGACCUAGUGGAAGAGGUUAGGGAGACGUCUCGAAUGAAGAAUAUGGCAUAUC